AUGUGCCCAACUUUCAGAUGGAUGGAGGAGUCUUAUAAGCUCAUUUCACUUGGUUUCCCCACUCAAGCUCCUGAAGAAAUCUCGGCAGCCGCUUGUGAUGACAAGCCAGAUCGUUUGGAUAUGGCUUGGCUUUAUAACGCGAUGUGCAAGGUACUUUCAGAGAACGCUCAUGAUUCAGUGGAGGCGCACUUGGGAAACAAGCCGGCAGGUCACCAGUUGAGAAAAAACCUUGUCCCACUCGAGGCAAUCUAUCAAGACAUAAACCGAAUUCUCUCUCCAGUGCAGCUGAAUUCUCCUGGUUCAGAACAGCCUAUGUUUGGUGCAGAUCAACAACCACCAGUUGCAAAAGCCAGUUUUCUGGCUACACCUCAAGGAGAUGACCAAGAGUCUGGUGCUGAGAUGGCAACUGAGACAAAAGUUGCAACGUUGCAGUCAGAACCUCAGACACAGAACAUUAAUGUAGCAGAACCUGACCUAGAGAUGAAAAAAAACAAUUCUCAGUGUGAUGUUCCUGCUGCAGAUUUGUGUUCGGUGGAUGCUGAACCUACAAGUUUAUCCAAUGGAACCGGAGACGUGGAAAUGGAAGAAAAGCAACAUAAUACCGAUCCAACCGUCAAUGCUUCAACAGAUGAAAGCGCAGAGAAAGUGGACCCUGGGGUCAUUGUUUUAGACGAGUAA